AUGACAACGACGAGAUACACAGAAUCGGAAUGGCGCGCCAUCAUCUCAGAUCUUGCGCGCGAGCUGCAAGUCUACGAGCAGGACUACUGCCCUGACAUUGACAGAAUCGACAUUGCACGCACCAUCGACCACACGCUGCUCAAACUGGACGCAUCACCCAAGCAGAUCGACGAGCUAUGUGCAGAGGCCAGAGUCGCCAACUUUGCUAGCGUCUGCGUCCGACCAAACUACGUCGCCCAAGCCCACGCCAACCUCAAAGGCAGCAACGUACUUAUCGCCAGCGUCAUCGGCUUCCACCAAGGCACCCAAGACACAUACUACAAACUGCAAGAAACACGCAUGGCCCUCGCCGCCGGCGCCCACGAACUCGAUGUGGUGGUCAACUGGCCUUUGCUCAAACAACAAGAGUACAGCGAAAUCUACCACGAACUCGCGCUCAUACGAUCCAUGGCUCCCCCGCCCACGGUGCUCAAACUCAUCUUUGAGACGUCGCAGUUGGGGUCGAGGGAUAUUGUUGCUGCGUGUGCUGUUGCGUCGGCUGCGAAUUUCGACUUUGUAAAGACGUCGACUGGGUUCCUUGGGCAUGGUGCCAAGGUCGAGCAUGUGAGGCUCAUGCGAGCUGCUUGCGAUCAUCUAGCGGACAAGCGCACAGAUCGUCACAGGAUGCAGGUCAAGGCUAGUGGAGGUGUCAGGACUGUGGAAGAUGCAACUACCAUGUUGAAGGCUGGUGCCAGCAGAUUGGGCAGCAGUGGCGGUGUGUGGAUCGUCAAGGAGAGCAAGGACAAGGAGGUCAGGAAGUCGAGUCCUGUGCACAGUGAGAGGAGAAACUCGAGGCCUACCAUGUCUACACGACUCUUUACCGACUACUGA